UCUAUGAGUUUUGUCAUCGAUUGUCGCCAAGUUGUCGUUUGACUUUAGUUGCAAUCUCGCAAGAAUACUCCGUAGUGUGUUACGUUGAAAAUGGAUACCGUUCAUACACUUGGAAUCCGAUUCAUCCAAUGGAUGCAGAGCUUCGAUUGUUUGGAGCCCAUGUUCACAGGUUUCAGUCAUAUUGGUAGUCCUAAUACUGCUUAUACAUUAACCUUCCCAAUCGCCUAUUACAUUAAUCCAACACUGGGUAUUACAACAGCUUUAUGCACCAUUUCAUCGGACUAUCUGAAUGGAGUGCUCAAGUGGAUACUAUAUGGUCAUCGACCCUACUGGUGGGUAACGUUGAAUGGCUUGUCACAAGAUCCUACUUUAUCUCUCAAGCAGUAUCCGUUAACAUGUGAAACUGGACCUGGGAGUCCUUCUGGUCAUUGUAUGAUAACAGUGGCCAGUGUAAUACCAAUUAUAGCUUAUUUUUACUAUAAACUCAAAAAUCAAAAUGAAAGACGAUAUUUACUGUGGUUAUCUUCUUUGGGAUUUGGUUUAGUUGGUCUUAGUCGAUGUUAUCUGGCUGCACAUUUUCCUCAUCAGGUUAUCGCAGGAUUAUUAUCUGGUGUUGUAAUUGGUUUAUUAUUUCAUUCUACUGAUAAUUCUGUCUAUACAUCAACUGAUGAGAAUACAGAUUGGUUACAUAAGAAAGCUGCAUAUCUAUUAACUCAUCCAAAUGGACUAUUAUGGCUUGGUUUAGGUUCAUUUACAUUCGCUUACAUUUUAAGUUUAUUUAUACAAUAUGGUUUAAAAAUGGAUCCUAAUUGGAGUGUAACAUUAGCUCGAUCAGCAUGUAUACGACCAGAAUGGAUUCAUUUAUCAACUAGCCUAAUGAAUUCAUUUUCUAAAAUAGCUGGGGCAGCUGCAGGUGAGUAUUAAAAUAUAUCAUCAAAAGUUGGUGGAAUUCUUUCUUGUAAAUGAAAUUACUGUUUCUUUUUUGAAAAAAUAUAUAUUUUAAGAUUUUCAACAGUUAAUUUGUAGGGAUUCGAUAUAUUUCAAGUUUGACGGGGGAUUGAUAUUAGUUAAAGGCACCAUUGAAAAUUAGGGAGUACUGGACAGCUAUUUCAAUGACAAACCAACAACAGCAACAAGUACCAAUCAAUAUGACUGUGAGAAAUUCAAAAGAAGUCACUUCCAUCCCUUAUCUAGGCUGUAUCAGGUCAACUGCAGACAGUCGGCACGGUUGAAGAUGUAAAAGCCAAAAUCAAAAAGGCAAGCCAUACCCUUAUCACCCUGAAGUCAGUUUAGAAGUCUUCUGGGCUUACUCAACAUAAACAACAAUAGAAUUAUCACUUGUCACAGUAAAGAAAGACUACUUCUGUACCAAAGGAAGCUAUCUUUAUUAACCUACCAUUCAAGGGUGACCAGAUUAUGCAGUUGGCAGCUAGCUCAAAGACUUCGGUCAGCCAUCAAACGCAUAUUCUACUCCGCAUCUCUUUUUCUCACUUGCCGAACAUUUUCAAUCCCUGUACCUACGAUUAAAGGACGAAAUUCUGUGGACUCUUCCUUUAAACUGUAUCUACAAGUUCACCUGCAGCUGCGGUGACACUUACAUAGGUAGAACCAACAGAAUGUUUCAAUGUCGUCGAAAAGAACAUGUUCCAAAAUGGCUACUAAAUCAUAUAGAAAAUUCCAAUGAGAGUAAUCUGAAUAGAAAUCCAGCAUCAUCCAUUGCAAAACACUUAUUAAUGUCAGGUCACAAAAUCAAUAUUAAUCAGUGACUGUUUCACAAUUAUUUCACAUAACUCUAAAUCAAGGUUACUGAAGGUGAUGGAAGCAAUUUGGAUUAAUCACAUACAGCCUAAACUGUGUGUACAAAAAACAAUAGACUUCAAUCUUUGCCUACCAUGGACUACAUGACCUAUUUAAAUAUGAUUGGUCAUUAGCUUAUCAUUAGCUUUACACCUUAAACCACCAACAAAUUCAAAACAAUUAGUAUUAGGUUCAAAUUCUACACAAAUUGUUUUAUCCAGUUCACUGUUUGUAUUGAUUACUACAAAAUUUAUGGAAUCAUUAUGCGGCAGCACUAUUAAUCUCUUAGCUAAAUCCAUAUUCAAUCAAGAUUCAAGCAAUAGUAUUAAUGCAAUACAAUUGUUCAAUUCAUUUAUACAAGGUACUAUUUGUCCACUAACAACUAUUUGCGUUUUACCAACAAUUAUGAGUUAUUUUCAUCAUAAACAUAAUAGUUGAAUUAUUACUGUAUUCAAGAGAGAAGACGAUGGAGUAAAGGAAACAAGGCAUUUCAUUCUUGUUCUAUCUUUCAUUUAAAUGAGGUGUUAUCUUACACUUUUAAGAAAAAAACUAAACUACAAAAAAAAGAAUAUCAACACUGUGCAAUGUUAACAACUGAGUCAAUAGUUUUAAAUUGAACUAUUUAACUUGUUAUAAGAGUUGUACAUUAUUG